UUAUUUCCAUUCUGAGCCCACCACUAUGGUCUACAACUACAACUCUAAAAAGCUAUAUUUUCAUGUUCUUAGUGAGGUGGGACGUGUAAUUGUUGUGUGUUAAUUUGUAAUAAACUGUUGUAUUGGUCUACUCAUUGUCAACAUACAUUUAAAAUGAGUAGUACUGAUAAUAUUGAAAAGCUUUACAAGAACUUCGGAAUUCUUGCUGACGCAAAGGACAAAAUAAGCGAGCAUGAAAAAGAGUAUUUAGAAAUUUUGACCGCAGUGAAAGGAUCAGAAAAAGAGAAGCGCCUUGCAUCGCAAUUUAUUGCUAGGUUUUUUAAACAUUUUCCUCACCUUGCUGAUCAAGCUAUUGAGGCUCAAAUUGAUCUAUGUGAAGAUGAAGAUCUCUCGAUUCGAAGACAAGCUAUCAAAGACCUCCCCAGUCUCUGCAAGGAUACUAAGGAUCAUACUAAAAAAAUUGCAGACAUUUUGGCUCAGUUACUUAUGGCGGAAGACAGUUCUGAACUUAGCACUGUCCAGACAGCUCUCUUAACUCUCUUCAGAUAUGACAUUAAAGGUGCAAUUCAAGGAUUUUUUUCUCAAAUAUUAUCAGGAGAGGAUACAGUAAGAGAACGGUGCUUGAAAUUUUUGAGCACAAAUAUUAAAAAAGUUGAUGCUGAUGUUUUCAGCAAGGAAGCUGAAGAUGUUCUUAUUGCAGAGUGUAAAAAGGUUUUGCAGGACAAUACUGCUGAUGAGUUUGACGUGAUGAUGGAUCUGCUGGGAGGGACACAUCUGGCCAAGACUGUAGCAGGACAGAAGGAGUUGAUUGAGAUAGUGGCCGAGCAGGUGGAGCUGUCCCAGCCUUACAACCCAGCUGAUGAAGAACAGACCGACAAGCUCGUGCAUGGUCUCAAGAGAGCUCUACCUUUCUUCUCUUCGCAGGUUGAUUCACAGAAAUUCGUUGUGUACUUGUGUGAGCAAGUCUUACCCACUUUGCCAGUUAUUUCUUCCUCAGACGAACGUUCUGCAACUCAGUUAGAAAUCUUCAAGCUACUAGCAGAAUUCUGUACUCAUUGUAAAAGUUUACCUAAUCCAGAAAGUCACACAACAUCUAUUAUGGAAAAGCUAAUUGCUUACAUGCCGCUGCCACCAGACUCAGAUGAAUUACCCGAACCAAGUCUUGAAUUCUCUUUUGUGGAAUGUUUAAUGUAUGCACUACAUAGAAUUGCCAGACACUGCCCAGACAUUAUCACCAAAGAUCCAGAGAAGUUAAAGGAUUUUAGGCUAAGGCUUCAGUAUUUCGCACGAGGGAUCCAAGGAUACAUAAAGAAACUCAGAGAGGCACUCCAGGGAAAAUCAGGAGAUGAUCUUAAAACAGAAGAAAACAAGAUUAGAGUAGUAGCCUUAAAAACAACUUCAAACAUAAACACACUGAUAAAGGAUCUAUUCCAUUCCCCUCCAAGCUUCAAGAGUAACAUUCAUCUUUCUUGGAGGCCCACCCAACUGACUAAUAAGAAUAACAAUGGAGAAUCAGCUGGUCAAAAGCGUCACACUCCGAUAACAUUCGGUGAUGAUUCCGGAGCUUUGCACAAACACAGUCGGACAGAGGCGAGACCCAGAGAGUUGUACCAACCUCCCAGUGGAAAAUACAGCAAAAAUGUCUCUAGUUAUUCACCCUCGCAGAUCCCACGACGAGGGGGAUUCCGAGGAUGGCCGAGGGGAGGUGGCGGUUUCCGGGGAGGCAACCGAUCAUGGAGAAGAGGCAGCUACUAGACGAGUAGCUCUGCUGCUUCUACUCUUGUGCUGUGUGUUUCCACAAUACUACUUCUAGUUCAACACACACAUAACUGAAUUUCCCUUGGCAUCAGUGAACUGUCACGAACCACUCCAAACUUUUAUUGAAACAGUUCUUGAAUAUGUAAAGAAAUAUUUACAAUUUCAUUGUGUAAUGUAUUUUCAAAAUUUUACGUACAUAAAAUGCCGUAUUGCACCAUAUUGUAAGGUUGAAUUUGUAUUAUUGAUGUUUCCAUUUUUAGAGUGGUUUAUUAUUAUUUGUAUUAUUUUCAUUAAAUUAUUUACAAUGGAUAAUAUUUUUCUUUUCUUGAGUAUUUAUUAAAAAAAAUAAUUUUAUCUUUUAAUUGCCUAGAGUUUAAUUGUAAUGUAUCAAUUACAAUACAUUUAUCACCAGUGCAUCAUAUCUAUAAAAUAAAAUAUUUUUAAAUACCAAGUUAAGUUUAGCAAUUUAUUUUGUAGCCUUACAUUUGGACCAAUACGGUGUGGGCAAAUGAUUGUUUAUAUAACAUAAUUGAAUUACUAACUAUUUAUAUUAUUUUGCAAAUAACCAAAAACAGAAGUUGUUACAUAAACAAUCAUUCAAAACUAACAUUUAUUUUUGUUUCAGAAUGUGUCUGUUAGAAGGCGGAUAAGCCAGUAGUCGUUGUUAUUAAUAGAUUAUUACACCCCAAGUUAAACUUAGACUGAAUGCAUCCAAAAUGUCUUGGUCGAUGUCUCACAAUAAUACUACUGUUCUUAAUUUUUAUUAUGAUAAGCGUAAUUAAAAUUUAAAAUCAAAUAAUGUAGUAGAAUAAGGAGUGUUUUUUAUCAUUAUUUUUAUGUUUUACUUAGUUCUAAAACACUUUUUCAAACACAUACAAAUUUUGAGCACUUCUCAGUGGAAGAAUUUUUGUUUAACUUAAAUUGUAUUUUGAAAAUUAAUUACAGCAUAAAAUAUAGACAUCAUAUCAUCAGACAUUAAUAUACUCAAUUAACUUGUAAAAUACUGAAAUCCAUGGUUAUAUUAAUGACGAGGGUCGUAAAUUUCACUUUUUUUAUCUGUCAUACUUUAUUUCAUUCUAGUUCGUGAUUUUACUCUAAAACCCCUUGUAAUUUAUGUGCUAUGUUUGGCUUGGUGUGUAAAUAAAGUUUUCACCUUAAGUUUUGUGAGCAGUCAUUGUGCAUUUCAUAUACUUUUUUAAUUUGUAAAUUUUCAGAUGGCGAAACCUAAAAAUUCUGUAGUUACACUGACAGUGGGGGUUUUUAAUAAAUAUCGUAUGUUGCUUUAUGCCAAAUUAGCUUAAUCACCUUUUAACAGAACUUAAUCUACAGAAACAAAAUUUUGUUUGACAAACUAUUUAUGUUAACCCUUUUAGCAUCAUCAACUGUCACCAGUUAACAACUUAGUUGAUGGUCUACAGAAGGUUAAUUCUUGUAUUUAAAUGAAGAUCGUUUAAUUAUGAAAAUGGCAUGAUGAAAACAAUUUUGGGAUGGGAGUGUACAUAGUACUGCACAUUAUAGUAUGAUAAUCUCACAGUAGUAUAUAUUAUUGAUUGGUUUGAAACCUAAGACUAAUAUUUAAAUUACUAUUUUACUCAACCUCUGAAGAUAUUUCCAUGCAUGAAAACAAGGAUUUGUGGCUGAAAUCUUUUAUAUACUAUGACUUAUUAUUCCUAAAGGAGAUUUUGUUUCACAAGACGGACAAUCACAACCUGAUUCAUUAUUGCUUAAUCAAAAGAUUUUCCUGGAAGCAAGGAUUUAUUCACUCUGUUCAAUUCAUCUAUUAGAAAAACUGUGAGAAAUACACGUUUUCUUUGUUGUCAGUUGAUCAAUCCAGGAUCAUGCAAUACUUUGAAAUUACUACAUGAAUGUGAUGGAAACGUCUAGAACCAUUGAAUAUUGAUGUGAAAACUAAAUUAUUAUAUAUGGUAAUGUAGGUUAUAAGGCUAUACAAACCAUAGGAUUAUUUUAAAUAUGCCCUUAGUUAUUUGAUAUAUAAAGUAAAAUUAGUUGUUAGUCACAAAGGAAGAUUUGACGUAAUUAUAAAGCUUGCGUGUUAUGUGUCACGUGUAACAGAUGGUCCUGUUAUCUGAUAGACAUUUAUAUACAAUAUUGUGAUAUUAGUUUGUUAUGAAUAGAAGCUUUCUUCAUUACUCUUUAUAAGAAUAUUUUCUUACAUUUUUUCAAAAAUGAUAUAUUUUUUAGCCCGUGAGAACUUUUUUUACAACAGUUAACACUUGGAAAGAUUUUUUUAUUUAAUUAGUUAAAUGCCAUCAUACACUUACAAGUACAUAUUUUAUAAGAUAAUAUUCAGUAUAAUCAAGUGUCGAGUUCUAAUAUAUUUUUAAUUAAUGGUAAGACCACGUAAAUAAAGUUUUUUUAAGCCCAGUUCAGAAUUUUGUGUUAUAACCCUUACAAUUUAUACUGAUGUCAGUAUAUUACUUAUACUAGUAAUCGUUGAACAUGAAAGUUUGUGUCUGGGUGUGUUCCUUAGACGUUUUUAGAAGAAACAGAAGCUAUUUCAUGUGUAUUGAUUUUUCUUGGCAGGGUAAAAGCCACACAUGUUUUGUCUCUUUUCUCCGAUAGUUGGUACUCCUUUAUUUUAUGAAUUGUUACAUGCAAUGUAACAGAUGGAUUACAGGUUCUUAUCUCAUGAAAUGGAUUAAUAAGAGUAUGGGUUAGUGUUUUUAUACACUUCACUGAUAGUUUGCAUAGCGUUGAAAUGAAAUAUUGUAAAUCAGUUUAACAUAGCUAAUUAAAUUUAGUGCAAAACACAUAAAUGGUAACAAAAAUAACAUUUAUAAAGAAAAUACUGAUGGAGUCACUUAAGUGAUGAUAUGAUGGAGAAUAACACCAUCAGGGUAUUUCUCUCCAUUCAGACCAGUACUUAUACGUACACAUGCGUGUGCCUAUUGGGAAAUUAUUAUAAGGUGCUAUUAAUUUUAGUUAAACAGAAAUAAAUAACAGAUUUUUUUUGGGCAAGAUAUCUCACUCUCACCAUCUGAGUUUUCUCUUGGAUUUAAAAGAAAAUUUUCUCAACUAAGACCAAAGAAACGUUUUUAACCUUUUGCACUCCACUAAUAAAUCCAUUAACUUUCCUAUAACGCCAAGACAAUUAAACAAUUUUUUGUUUCUUUAAGUUAAAAGUUAAUUUUUAUAAUAACUAAAUUAUAAAAGCAAAAAAAGUAUGAAACAGGGCAUUUUACUUAAAAUUAGCGUAUUUAUUGAUUAAAAUUUAAUAAAUAAGUAUUUAUAAAACUGUUUAUUUCAAAUAAAUUUCAAUUUCAUUGUAAAAUGUAAUUAAACUGAAAAGUUUGGUUGCAUUUGGCAACAGCGAUAAGCAUGAGUUUUGCACCAGGCUUUUCAAAGUACUUUUGUGAACUAGAAAUCUCUCCAAGAGACAUAAUCUAUAUCAUAUAUAACUGUAUUUGGAGUUUUGGCCAAAGUCUACUAUUCUAAUAUAACCAUAUAUGGCGUGGAACGAGUUAAGAUAAAAUCUUGUAGUGCCCCCAUUUGUAUGAAACAUCAACAUCGUAUAGCCUUAUGCAUUCUGUGGCAGCUUGGGCUUAAAAUGCUGCAGUUUUCAAUAUACAGCAGGUGCUAUUUUAAUUUUUGAUUUCUCUUUUGUAUUUUCUUCUUGGUUCGAACUUUCCGUAUACUUGGCUAUGCUUUCAUAUAUAGUAAGUUACUAAUGAUGGUAACCUCAGACCGGCCGUAGAGCAAUCCAGUAGCUGUUGGUAAAAAGCCUUUUACUAAUCAACAUUUUACUGUGAAAUACUGUCACAAUUACAAAUAUAACUAUAUCAAUUGAAAAACAAAGAAAUAAUGUAUAACUUGCUGUAAUACUCUUCAUAGGAGUUACAUAUUUAUUUAUGGCUAUAACAAUCAACUUUGCUUCAUUAGACAUCUGAAAUUUGGCGUACUGAUAGUUGAUUACAUUAUUUUACAAAAUUAAAGCUUGUCUGCUAUCAAUGUACCACCGGAAAGCUCAAAUUACACUCUAAAUCUUAGGCAUUAUAAUUGUUUUAUUUAAAUUAACUGUUUUAUUUACCUCUGAAACCGGUAUGGCCGAAUAGCAGUUGGAUUGCUCCUAUUUAAAUAAGUCAUUAGUUGUGUAUUUAAUUAUCCUACCAACCGGGUCUGUAUUAAAACAUUCUGUUGAAGUAAUAAAAAUGUCUUCUGGUACAAAACUACUACUUUCAUCAAGCGUUCGACAUAGAACAUAAUUGUACCAAGUCAAAGUGCAACAAACCAAAUGAGUGUUGAAUGUAUUCUGCAUCCAAUGUGACUUGCUAGUUUUGAAUCUAGGUGACACGUUACCAUUACAGUGCUUGGUAAUAAACUGUAAGACAAUUUUACUGUUUGUUUGUUUUAUAUCCAUUAAAUUGGGUGUAGUGUAACGAAUAUAAUUUAAUUGGUGUGGUUAGUGAGUUUUAUGAUUUUUACUAGUUGUAAUAUUAGCUAACCCUAAAUAUUCUAAUUCAGGGCAUUAAUAUUUUCCAUAAAGGUCAUUUUUAUUUCUCAUUUCUAAACACGGUUUAACUUAUUUUCACUGCACAAAAAUUAUUUAUUACUUAGUUACACAUUUUACGAGAAUAUUGUCAUUAGAACUAACAGUUCCCCGUUGGAAAAUCUUCCUAUUGCUUAUUUUGCACAGUAAUUAUAUAAUGCUUCAGUAUGAAAAAGACUAUAUUUCUGUGUAGAGAUAUAAAUUUAGAAACAUUAUUUUUAAAUUAUAGAGAUAGAUAUUUUUAAUUUUUAAUGCACUGUGGGAAGUGAAUAAAUAAUUAGCAAUUAGAUUUUUUAACAUUGGUGUGUUUUAACAUUUGUUGAGUAUACACACUAAUUUUCUAAUAUUUGACAUGUACUUUAUUUUACGCUUUAACGUUCUUGUACUUUAGAAUAAUUCAAAAUACUUUUAAUUUAUAACCAGCCAAAUAAAUUUAAUAAUAUUACAUCUACAUAAGUAGAGUUAUUUUAAACAUAUUUCCAUAUGCUUUUGCUUUUAACUUUGGAUAAUACAAAAUUUUGUUUUAAUAUGAACAGUUAUUAUUGAAAAUAACUACAAAAAACUGUUAAGUAGGUGAUUGUGGCUGGUCUAGGGUAAAACAUUGUGUUUGUUCUAAAAGUAAACAUUUAAUUUAGUAGAAUCACAUACACUUUAUGCGUAACUCUUAUAACUCUUGUUUACUUCUUAGUUGUGAAUGAUAGAUAUUGUGAUUUAUAGCAAAACAAAGAAAACAAAAUGAAAUUAUUGUAAAUUUAAAUAAAUGCACAUGGAGAUAUUGUAUUGUUUAAUCGUAAUAUAAAUGGGGAAUCAUAAUGAAAAUUUGCAUACAAAAAGUAAGCCUAUAUCUGGAAAACCCACUGUCAGUGAAACUCUAAACCUCGGAGUGGCUGUGAAGAAGAGAAGAACCACUUUUUAUAACCCUCUCUCUGAUUUGUGUUGCUUUAAAAAGAAUAUCUUAGCUUCCAGGGUCGUGCUUUUAAAAUUCAUUAAAACGUUUGAAUAAAACCUGUCAUAUCUGGCCCUUCAACAUUCGGCAUCUACAAUAUCCGGCCUGGUGACAAGUGAUAAAAUGUUUUUAUAACUGUGAGCAAGGACAAGCUCACCAUGCAAACUGGGAACUGUGAGCCACACACAGACAAGCUAGAACACUUCCUCCUCUCACAUGUAUGGCUCGGCAGGGCAGAGCAGGCUGGAGAGGGAUAGGGGAUAGACCUCACCUAUGCUAGUUUUAGAAACAAUGACCUUGGUGGAACUGUGAUAUCAGUGCUGUUGUAUCAGCUUUUGAAUGUGUUAUAAGUGGGAUAGUUAUUUUAUUCUUUAAAAUAAGUUAAGAUCUAAUUUAAAUAUUGUUUUACUCUUUCUAAAAUAAAUGUUGUAUUUAAACUGUUUUUUAUUGCGUUUAAUUUUACAUGCAUAAAAACAAAAAAUAAAUUAUCCAAUGUUUGGUUGUAGUUUAGUUGUAAAGUUAGACUAUAGAUAUUAAAGUUUGCUGCAUCAUUAAUAAAGUUUCAUGGGAUGUAGUAUAUGUUUUCAUAAUUACAUAAAAACAAAAACUAAAACACAUCGUUAUUGGUGGAUUUGCUAUAAAUAAUUAAUGUUAUCGUCUUAUGUCACACUUCCAUAUCCGGCUUAACAAUAUCCAGCCUACCCCAUCACUGCAUUAGGCCGGAUAUGACAGGUUUUAUUGUAUUGUUAAAUAUUCGGAUUUAAUAAAUAAAACAGUAAGAAAAUAUGGUCCUAGAUAUUUGUCUUAAAAUUUUAUUUGGUUAUUGUCCUGCUUUCAAUCCUGGACACAACCACAAAACCUAGAAAGAUUAUAUCUUUUUUAAAGCUGUGCAGUUAUUACAAGUGAGCUAUUUUUAAACAGUAACAUUAGUUACUACUGCUAAACUAAUUCUAACGUGAUCCAGACUUUGUAUUGAGCUGUUUAUCACUUAGUUAUCCUUGUGUACAGUAGUAUUGUCCUAUUAAUUAUCUACCGUUCCAACAAUAUAAUGUUUAAAUAAUUAUCAUUUAAUUUAUUCUUUAUUGAGAUUCAUUUAUAUUCUUAUUCAAAAUAACAAUUUUAUCUUUAUAUUUUUAAUUCAACAUCUCUUUUAGAUACAACUUUCCAGUUUUGUCUUGAGUUACUUUUUAUUUUGUGUUUUAAAAGAAAUAUAAAACUCACAAUCGUAUAAAUAAAGUUGUUUGAAUAGCAGUUCAGAAAACUGCCAAAUUUAGCAUUGAUUUAGUUGUAGAUUUGCUUAUGUCAACCCAUGACAAGACAGACAGAUGCUUCCAGCAAAAUUGCUUAUAGCUUUUUCAAAUAAAUGCCAAAUAUUCCAAAUGUAAGGGAGCAUGCAGGCUCGUCCAAUGGGGGAGUGGAGCUAGGCAACCAGGACAAGUUGCCACGGGGACCACAGGCAUAGACUGAGGUCAUACCAACGCGAUUUUAGACUGAAGCAGGAAACAUGAUAAUAACAGUCUCCGGCUAUGGUUCAUUCAUUGACAAUGAGAGUACACGCAGAUUCCUUAGGCGAAAUAACUAUUAGGAUUUACUUUUUAUAUUCAUGUUGGUGAGGGGAAGGAGGCAGGGCUAUGCUUGCCCUGGGCACCAGCGAUCUUAGGAAUGUCACUGGGUGCACGUACUUUAAUAUCAAGUCUUCUCUAUUGUCACCAGACACGAGAAGAGGACAGCUGACUACAUCAAGAACAGAUGUAUUCCCUGUGGUAUCUGGAAUAUUCCAGGCACUGGCUAUUCUAUGCAUACUUAGAAAGUGAUAGUAAGAAUGUUAUUAAAUCCUGGAAUAUUACACGAACUUGUUAUUCUUUGCAUAUCUAGUAAAGUAAUAGUACAAAUAUGUUAUAAAACCAACACCUAUUCAGAAAACGUGAAGUAUCCCUACUCCCUCCCGCCAACUGGACGAUGUAUACCAAAUAAUAAAGAGUUAAACAGAGAGGAGGUUAUAAAAAAGGCUAAUUUUAUUAUUUAACUGUUUAAUACUAAUUUGUGUUUGGAUAAGGUAUGCUUAUUGUUGUGAUGGACCUAUUCACUCCAGCAGUUAAGAACCUAACAAACAACUCCAUUAUUUCUGUAUGGGAAUAGUAUCUGCAUUAAAUUUAAUCUAAAUAAUUGACACAUGAGUUUUAGCUGAACAAUUUAUCAUUAAAUAUUGGAUGAAAUGAGACAGGAAUCUGUAUGUUUGUCAAAGUGGUCAGCCAAACUCGACAACAUAAGCAAUUUUUUUAAUAAAUCAAAAAGUGUUGGUGCACAAAAUUAUCUUGUAAUCUAUUUACUCUCAUAUGGUGGUAACCCAAAAAUAUAAUUUGUUGAAUUUGAUAUGUUUUGCUUUUAAAGCGCAAUAUUAACUGUAAGUUUUUAUCUAAUCUAUACCAUCUAUCUAUUACAGAAUAUUGGAAGUUAAUUCUAUCAUCAAACUAAGUUUCAACAACGAAUUUAAUUCAAUGUUGGGAUAGAAAUCAGUUUGAGUCAAUAAUACAGAACUGACGUAGCCGUUAAACUGAAAUAAAUUAUGUUAAAGUAGAAAAAUAUUUUGAAAAAUAAUUUUCAUCACAACCAUAAACAUACAAAAUGGAAUACAACUAAUGAAACUUUUAUGUUACAGGGCCUGCCAAGUUGGAGUCAGCCAUAUAAUUCUAUAAUUAACAUUGAUUUCUGUUUCAGUUUUGUUAAGUGUAUCUUUCAUGCUAACUAUUGAAGUACUCCAGCAGGUAUUCUUCAGUAUGUUUCUUUUCUUACAAUUCGUAGCAAUGAAAGGUCAUAAACAGUUGAUUUCAUUUAGUAUUGUAUCAAAUAGUCAAAUAACAAGUAAAUGUUUUACACUAAAA